UCUAUGUACCCUAUUAAGAGGCCGGUGACAAGGUAUCCAAACAGGCAAGUAUUUCAAUUUUGCCGGAAUGGUCCUUGACAAACGACUCUGUGGUUUAACUCUCCAAUUAGCUGCAUCCCGCAUUAACGUGGCAUUGAGCAACACGGCUAUUCAGUCUACAACCUUCCAUGGCGCAGUGGCUGAACGCGCCAUCGAUGGGAACAGCAGCCCUCAGUGGGACCAAGGCAGCUGCAGCCAUACUCACUCACUGGCCAAACAAUGGUGGAGGCUGGAGCUGCCUGGUGUGUACCGGGUUUCAGAGAUCCAUGUCACUAAUAGGAAUGAAUUCAGGGAGUGGCUGAACGGCAUUGAAAUAUUCAUCGGGAAUUCACGGGCAAACAACGGCAACGACAAUCCAAGGUGUGCCAUAAUCAACGAUGACCCAGGCUGCUUGACUCAGACUGUCAAGUGUUGGGGAAUGGAAGGCAGGUUCAUCAACUUCUACAAGUCCUCCUCAGGCUAUUUGCAGUUGUGUGAAGUCAAAGUGUACGGAGGUAGGAACCCAGUCUAUCAUUACAUUUCAUCAAAGGGGGAUGGGUGUACUAGAACCACUGUUGGUAAAACAUCUUUGGUCAAUGGUCAAAUGCUGGUCCUGUGCAGCUCCACUGGUAGAGCAUGGCAUUAA